GCAAUGCCAUCAACCAUCCCGAGAACAUCCAGCCGGAUCGUCAUGCCCCCGGUUCCCCUCUGCCCCGUGCAAACUUCGUGAACGACGUGGGCUACCUGCCGGAUGGAACUCCUCUGAACAAGGCCGGAAACGCGGUGAACCAUCCGGAGACGAUCCAGCCAGACAUGCACACCCCCGGAUCGGCCCUACCUGCUUCGACCUAUGCCGCGGAUGUGGGCUACCUUGUGGAUGGCACGCCAAUGGACCGUGCAGGCAACCUCUCCGUUCAGUGA